AUGUAGGGACCGUGUCCUGUGUUAGGCCCAGCCAAUGCCACAGUGACUUUUAUUACUGUGUUGUACAGUGUACAUUGUCGUUGUACAUGGUCGGUGACAAUCUAGACAUCACAUUGCUCCUCCUCUUACCUUUAUCUACCUUUGAUGUGUGUAUUACGUAACCUUUAUGACCCGGUGUGAGACCAGGCCCGUGAUUGGGUCAAUAUAAGUGGUAUAACCUGCCUGUUUGAUCUAUUUUGACGUGCUGUGUGUCCGCGUUGUCUACUCCAGAUUGUCAUGUAUAUCUUGUUGGACGAGGUUUACUUAUGAUACCAUAAUCCUUGUAAUGUAGGCGGAGAAGAUACAUGUAUCAAAUCAAGUGCCAUGAGGACUCUACGAAUUAUCUAUCAAUAUUUGCUUUAUUAGAGGUACUUAUCAAUUUGAUAAAUCUUUUAAAGUAGAAGGAUUCUCCAUGUGCUCUGUGACUGUGUACAGUGUGUUAUAUGUGACAGCUCCCCUCUGAUGUCCGCUCUGUGCUGUGGGGUUGUUCGCUCUGUGCUGUGGGGUUGUUCGCUCUGUGCUGUGGGGUUGUUCGGCGGUCUUCUCUCUGGGGUGGAGUUCUGUAUCAUCCUAUUGUUUGAUUGUGUGACAGGCAAUGCCAGACCAUCGUGCGUGCAUCUCUCUCCUGUACAGCUGUUUUAUCUCUGUGUUUUUAGAGACUGAUUCUCGGGGGGAGAAAGGACUGGUAAUUUUGUAAUGCUGAUUAAUUUUCUGUGCACAGACUAAUUGAAUUACUGCCCACUUCCAGCCAUAUACAUCAUUGAUGUGUGUAUGAUGCACAAAUAUGACAUUGUCACUUCUAUAGAUGGUGAAAUAUUGGUCUCUGUAAUGCCAAAUCUGUUAUUAAUUAUAUACACUUAUAUUGUGUACUCUCUUUCAAAUUUCAAGCAGUUCUAAGAGUUAUCUGUCUUUAUCCCAGAACUUCCAAACUAAGAACUGCUGAUUUGAUAGACAGAUUGGAAAAGUGAAACAAAAGUGUGAAAUAAGACUACCUUUACCAUAUGUGCAGCAAUUAUUGACAAAUUUUGAAAUUUGAUAUGAGAUGUAAAAAUGAUCUCUUGUGAACCUGGAGGUAGGACUUACAAAACCCUGGACAACUGAUCUGUUAAACAGAGGUGAAAGUGAAACUUAAGAGGGAAAAACGCUACCUGUUCCAUAUGUGCACCAAAUAUUGACGUUUCUUUAAAACCAAUUUUAAAACUGUUUUUAAGAAUUUAACCUAUUUCCUCUACAGCUGCUGUACAGAGGCUGUUUCUCACACCUAGAUCACUGAAAGCUAAUUAAUUAUUUUAGUUGUUGACUCAAUCAGGCAGGUUAAAUUUACCAGGAGACUAUACAUGUUUACAUUGUGGGGAGACUUUAAGCUGUUUUCUUUGACGGGCCCACAAAGGGAAGGAAGUAGGGGGCAUUGAUUGCCGUCCAAUCGAUGUGAACCUCCCUAUCUUGAUUCAUAUAGAUCCUCCGGUGCUGUCCUCCCGAGAGGAAGAAUAAAAAAAACAUGAUGGCUGUCAUAUAGAUUUUUUGAUAAAAACUGAACGGGACGAAUUGGUGUUUUUCUAUUGUGAGAGGACAGAUGUAGAGAGCCCUGGGAGGAGAUGGCUUCCUCGUUUGUUUUAAUUGAAUGAGCCGGGGUGAAAUGUUAUGAGUGGCUACACUCUUCGUGGGCCUGAAUAGGAAGAGAACCAUUAAGUGUAUCCAUUUAAACACGUGAAAGGCCCACUUUUGAUGAUGAUGUUUGGAUAUACACUGGUUCACAAUGAGCCAGGCUUGAUGUACAUGUAAACAAAUUUCUCCAUAUUGUUUACACUUACAAUCUGCCAUUCUAUUGAGCCGCUGCUGGGAUUUUAUUUAAUGCUUCAAAAGAUGGUUGUCAUCCAGACGACUGCCAUGUUGAAAAGAAGCCAUCCAAAUCUGCACCUAGACUUAUCGAAAAGCGAGUUGACUAAACCGGCUGUAGUGGUCAAGUCCCCCCACCCCCCUCUGCUACCCCCACCCCUCCCCCCGCCGGGAUGUGAGAAGCACAGGAACAACGAGGACUGCCGAUGUCAAGUGGUGUUCAAGGCUUGUAAAGAGCUUCCAUUUGGCUGGGAGAAAGUUGAGGACCCCCACUAUGGGACUUAUUACAUAGACCAUGUGAACAGACGGACUCAAUAUGAGAAUCCAGUGGCGCAGGCCAAAAGACAAAAUCAGGGCACGGAUGUAAACAGCACACUACCUCGAACCAAACGGAGUCAAGAUUCCGGCAACACGACCAAGCGGUCCAUCAGUGAUAACAACAUGAACGGGCGAGCCCCGCCUGAGUACCACCAGCUGGGCAGGGUCAACAGAAAACAAAGAGAGAGGCGUGUGUUUACCAAGAACCCCGAUGAGUUAAAAGGGGAGAUAAUUACAACAACCUUAGUUAAGAGUACUCGGGGCUUCGGUUUUACAAUCAUUGGGGGAGAUCACACCGACGAGGAAUUCUUACAAAUCAAGAAAGUGGUAGAAAACGGACCAGCACAUAUAGAUGGAACCUUACAGACAGGAGAUGUGCUGGUCAAUGUGUGUGAUCGGUGUGUACUGGGAUAUUCCCAUCAAGACAUAGUCAAUCUGUUUCAAACAAUACCCCCAAACCAGAGUGUCACGUUAACUGUGUGUCGAGGUUACCCUUUGCCCUUUGACCCAGACGACCCUAACACAGAGAUCAUAGUGACUGUGGCCGUGACCUUACCUAACGAUUCAAACGUCACUCAGCAGCCCCCGAGUUACUCCUAUUUUCAAGAGACUCGUGGUGUGACUGACCAGCAUAAUACGUCAGCAAAAAGCAUGAAAUCUCUGCCGGAUUUAACGCGGUCCACUAACAUUCAGCUGAGUCCGAGUUCUUCCAAUCAACCCAACGGAACCGGGGAAGCACCGGACGUGCUGGGAAUCCAGAAACCGGAGAUACUUACGAUUAACAUUGUGAGGGGGGAGAUGGGCUUCGGGUUCACUAUAGCGGACAGUGUGUACGGUCAGAAAGUGAAACAGAUUCUGGACAAGCCUCGGUGUAAGAACCUUCAGGAGGGCGACAUCUUACAGAGGAUUAACGACACCAAUGUACAGGAGAUGGCUCACUCCAAUAUCGUACAGGUCCUGAAGGAGUGCCCCAAAAACGUGGAGUCUCGCAUCAUCGUACAGAGGGGAGGACUCCCACCGAAAGUGAAGAAACCCUCCCGAUCAUCUCCGCGUUCCCUGGAGGAGAGUAAAGCCAAUAACAACAUGUCCGACACCAGCUUCAGCAGCACCAACCAACCGCCCGGACACUACUUCUUUGAUGGCCACUCCCAGAAUCUAGAUAACCGGGAUGCAGUCGAUGGAAUGGAGCCCCCCACUCGACCUAAAACAUCCACAGAAUCUCGACCCAAAACCCCAACGUAUCUCGAAAAUCGUCCCAAAACCCCAACAAGGAAUGCAGGAAUGUUUGUGAACGACCAGCGAGGGAAACCUCCAAUAGCUCGCCCACCCCCAAGAAAUGACGAUUACAAUAAAAAUACUAAUAACCAGGAUUUAAACAUCAGUCAUGGUUCAUCAGAGUUUUACUUACCGCCGGGAAAUAACGAUGCGUCAUCACGGUCAAGGUUCGACCCGAGAUCUGAGCACAGACCUUAUGGAAGAUUUCACGACUCAGGGAAUAGUCGCAGUAACCAUCACGACAGAGACAGGGAGACUGCUAAGCCAGGCAUGUUCAGGAGUCGAACCCCCGGCCCUGAAAUGAUCAGCCGAGGCUCAGAGUACAGAAAUGAGUUUCAGAGACCUAAAACCCCAACUGCUCACGAUAUGAGAAGCAAGACUCCCUUACCAGGGCAUAGUUACGGUUACUCAAACGCAAACCAUGAUUUUGGUGGCGGACAUUAUCAAAAUGUUAUGAAUGGACGUAUGGGAUAUGGAAACAAUCAAAGGUCGUGGGGGCAGAACCCUAAUUUACCCACAUCCCCUCCCCCUCUACGGCGAGGGGAUACAGUGAAUAGAAACAAUGUGAACAAUUUCUCUCAGUGGAGCAGUGGGCCUCCUCCCAGACAGAGCACCUCCUUUGAGGAUGUGACCCCCUCCCCCAGUAACAUCACCCAGGUCCCCAAACGCUUCCCCAUGCAGUCUCAACCAUCCUUCGGAAGCACUGGACAAUCUCGGUUUGGAGCCAGGUUUCCUGAGACGGACGACCCGAUACGAAGCAUGGAGUUCACCAUCACGUUACAAAAACAGGAGACAGGGUUUGGUUUCCGGAUUAUCGGAGGCACAGAGGAGGGCUCUCAGGUGUCUGUUGGUCAUAUUGUACCAAAUGGAUCAGCGGAUUUGGACGGCCGUUUACGUACGGGUGAUGAGAUAACACACGUGGAUGGACAAAACGUCAUCAACUCCUCACAUCAUCGCGUGGUGACCCUGAUGACGCUGGCUGGACAGAGGGGUCAUGUGACCCUCGGUGUACGAAGGCGUGUGUUGGGAGAUUCUGGCUAUCUAUCCUUAGGACAAUCAGAAAUGUAUCCAUACGACGUCCUGGUUACCCGGCGGGAGACGGAGGGCUUCGGAUUCGUCAUCAUUUCCUCCAUAUCCAAAAUGGGAUCCGUGAUAGGUGAGUCCAUAGACCGAGUCAGUGACUGGCUAGAUAGGAAAUCUCUGUAUCCAUGGAUCGGUAAAAUCAUAGAGAACAGUCCAGCUGAGAGGUGUGGGCGUCUUCAUGUGGGGGACAGGAUCCUGGCCGUCAAUGGGGUGGAUAUCUCCCACAUGCACCACGAGGACAUCGUCAACCUCAUCAAGGACACGGGAUACUCAGUCACCCUGACUGUGGGGCCCCCCAUAGAUGACACUGCCAGUAAUUCAUCAAACUCCCAAAAGAGCCCUCAGGGAUCCAUGGUCAAUGCUAUGGCAUAUCCAGCUGUUCCGGACAGUGAACUCAGAAGGUUCCCUCCCCCUCCCUCCCCGGCAGACAGGGGCUACAAGGACACCAACAAACUCCACCUGAUGUCCCGGCCCCAGGAGGAGGGUGACUACUAUGUUGAACUACCCCGGGGAUCUCGGGGGUUUGGAUUCUCCAUCCGCGGGGGGCAGGAGUUUAACUGCAUGCCGCUGUUUGUGCUCAGGAUCGCAGAGGGAGGAUCAGCAGACUUAGAUGGGAGACUCAGGGUGGGCGACCAGAUUCUGGAGAUAAACGGCUACAAGACAGAGAGCAUGACCCACUCGGACGCCAUCGACAUCAUCCAGAACGGCGGCCAGACAGUGCGACUGUUGGUCAGGAGGACAGGCAAACUGCCGCCAGCAUUCGACCCUAGUCCUAUGGGUGGAGGAUACUCCCCAUCGAACAACGUACCAAUGACAAACGGCCCAAUAGGUCAAAGUUCACCUUAUCUAGGUCGCCGCCAAAUUGACACUAGGGAAACAAACUAUUUUGGUUACCAAGGAAAUCGGCAGUACUCUGGCUAAAGAACAAAAAUGAACGAAAAUGCAUCAAGGUGCCAAAUACCAAAGGAAGUGUAAAAAAUAAAAACCAAGCCAGACGUGGUGGCUGAGAGACGGAAGAAACCGGGCCGAGCCGGGAGGGGUGUCCCACCCCCACCCCCAGGCCCCCAGGGAGGACCGCAGAGAUUGUGAAGUGUGAUACACAUUUGAUAUUACUGUCAUGUGAUAUUUUGUAAGUGGUUUCAGUGAAUCUGCUGAGAUGUGUAACUGUUGUAAAAGAGUGAAUUUUUUGCAUUUUUAUAAAAUUUUCGUACUUUGCCUCUUGUUACGUAAGACAUGUUUACAAAGCAUUUGCGAUUGACAUUAUCUUCAUUGAUUAACUUGUCAUUAACAUCGUUAACCCAAUUACAUAUGCUCUGUUAUGCAUUUUAUACUACACCAUUAAACAUACAAGCUAAAUAGCCAUCUGUUGGUUCAGUUUACAGUUUGUAAAGGCUGCCUAUCAAUUUAACUUUUUUUCACUGCAACUUUGAAUCAAUAAUUUCCUGUCAGUUUUUCAGCCAGGCAUGAAGGAGUAAAGUAUCAAACAUAUUUUGAAAUGUGGUGUGAGUAAUAGUCAUUUUUAGGGGCAUAUUGAAAGCAAUAGUAACUGUACCUAGUGCUCGUCAGUUUUUUGUAAAUGUGUGAUGCAAUGGAAGUAAUUUGUAAAAGUUGUUUAUUAACAUGUUUUUUUAAAUUUACCUACUACAUGUAUAAUGUUGUCAAAUCUGCUUGAAGUCUAAUGCUUCUUGAUGAAGGUUGUAAUCAAUAUUUAAAUGAUAAACAAAUACAUAUACAUGUACAUUUUUAAAGGUUUGUUUGGUUACAAAACUAAUUAUUACUAAUUGGGGCCAGUCGUAAUAAGUUGACACUGAAUUAUGUAAUCUGUGAUCUCUGUUUUUUAAUUAUGUUCAGCAACCCUUUAUAGACAAAACAUAUCAACAGGACGACAGUCCUAAAGCUUUCACAAUUGUUAGAUAAAAAUAUGUCUAUUUAAAGUUGAAUGUUUGAAAUGUUGAAAAACAUGUACUUGUAUGCAAAAUGUUUGAAGUCUUACAACUUAUUUUCUUUAAUGCUGUGUUAUAAAAUAUGCAUACUUAAAUAAUCAGCAUGCCUCUAUAUUGUAAAGUGAAUUUCCUUGUCUGUUAUUUUGAUGGCUUCAGUUUAUUUUUUGUAGCUGGGUUUGUUUUACUGUUCUUAGAACACUUCUUUCUUUAUUUUUCUGCUGAUUUGACAGGUUUUCUUUCUUUGACUCGGUAUGGUGUUGUGAAAGCCUUAUAAAGGACAGCUCUAUUUUUAUUGUUAUCUGUAAAAGUAUGUCCCCAGUGAAAUGGCAGAUAGUGCUGCAGUGAACUCUAUACCUUUUUAUGUACUACCUUAUACAAUAUAUAUAUUUGUAACAACAAAUCAGAAAAAGUCUAAUAGGUGCUGUAACACCUGUUCUAAAUUUUAAUGGGCUGUUUAAUCAGAGUCUGGUAGAGAGAUGGUUUAAUUUUUCUUGUAAAUAUCUUAUACAAUGCAUAGACAUAUUAAUUUUCAAAGUGUACCUUAAUGUAAAACCCACAAGUUUCUUUAUUUGAUUUGAAUUUCUUGCAUGAAAGAUUAAUUUUUGUAUUUGAUUGUAGAGAGUGACCUGUAUCAGUGAUCAGAAGGCAUUUACAUAUUAAUUAACUUAAUGGUUGUAUUAAUUACUCCUAUACACAAGUUGUGACUGAUGAUAUAUACACAUAGAGGAAGUUUAUACACUAUUUACGCCCUGUAUCUUCAUAUACUUUAUACUUCUCUAGGUUGUUAUUGUUUAAGGAAUAUAUAAUUUUAAAGUUGACGUUAAUAUUGGGUAGCAAUUUCACGUUAGAUGAAACAAUUGUACUAGGGUGGGCAUAUUUACUGUUUUACAUCCCUGCCCAUCAAAUUAUCAGCAUUCUUGUUUAAUAGUUUCAUAUUCUUUGUUCAUGUUUAUGGCAUUUAAACUUGUGAUGUAAUUUUGACAUUACUAUUUAUUCUGUGAGUUGAGUCGUAUAUUUCUCUUUUUUUGACCUGGUUUCACCCUCCCCCUGCAUUCAUUUUCUUAACUAUCGGAUGUUAAUGGCAGCACAGGCUUCAUACCACAGUGAAUAUAUGUGUAAUAUAGAUAGUGAGGAUGUAAAUAACAUAGCGUGUACAGAUAACUAGGUCGUAAUGUACAGAAUCAAUUCAUGUGUACAGAUCCAAUAAUAAAACUUGUUAUAAUGUG